AUGCGCGUGCAGUGUUAUGACGGUGCAAGUAACGUGUCCGGGAUCCACACUGGACUGCAAGCGCGUAUCAAAGAGCUUUCACCAUCAGCGCUUUACACGCACUGCUACGCUCAUGUCUUGAAUCUAGUGAUCGUAGACACCAUGACGAACAACACAGUAGCAAAAGACUUCUUUGGAACGCUGCAAAAUUUAUAUGUGUUUAUUGAAUCUUGCCCGAAACGACAUGCUGUGUAUCUGAAACACCAAAGAGAGUUCAAUGCUGCCGUUGAAGGAACAAACAAGCGGGAAUAUGUCCUCAAGAAGUUGUCAGAUACCAGAUGGGCGUGUCGGGCGGACAGCAUCACAGCAAUCUAUAACACAUUCGAAGCGGUAAUCGCAACUCUAAAGGAGGUCAGAGAAAAAGAAAAGAAGCCACAUAUUGCUGCCGAGGCAAAAGGGUUGCUUCAAAAUAUCUACGACUUCGAGUUUAUCUUAGCUUUGGAGGUAUGCACAACUUCAAUAAAUAUAUAUUUAAUUGUAUGUAUUCUUGAGUUCAACGCCUCAUAAUAAUUCGUAUACUUAAGCUCGGGUAUUCAACAAGGUGAAACUUUGACUGACUGUCACCCAUACAAUAUGGGGGCCAUACACCUGCAGAUUUCAGAUUGCUUAUUUGAUUUACCACAGGACGAGAAAAUAGAUUUGCAACAACUUUGCAACACGGUGCAAAGGUACAAUUGCCGUAAUCGCAUCAAUUUGCUAUUUGAAAAGCAAAUUGGUAAGCAAAAUUUUCACCCUCAAAUUGGUAACUACAAUUCUUUUUUAUGAGAGGAAAAGGGUAUAGGAUAAAUUUGGUUCAAAUUACCUUUCAUUUGCACAAGUGAAUUAGUGGGUAUUUUCGUCCAUAAUUUGGUUUCUAAAUUUGCUAAAAUAUUUGCAACCAUGCAAAUCUGAUGCGAUUACGGCAAUUGCACCUUUCCACCGGGUUGCAAAGUUAGUGCAAAUCUACUUUCUCGUCCCCCCCCCAAAUAACCCCCUAGCUAUGGCCCUGGGUACAUUAUAUGAGAAAUUAUAGAAACUGGGACUUCAGGUUUGAUCACUCGGACUUUAUUAUUAGGAAUGGGAUUAUUUUAUGAGUGUGAGAGUCUUUCAGAACUCAACUCUUCAGACCCUCGGACUUUUGUAUCGUAAAUGUAUAUUCAUUUUAAGGUACUCAAAAAAGUCUUGCUUCUAAGUAAAGGGGUAUCCGAUAAAUUGCAAUCUGAAGACUUGGACGUUGUUACCGGCUGCGAGAGGGUUACAGAUCUGCUCGCCUCAAUCAGGGCUCUUCGGUGCGAACCAAAGUUUGAAGCUUUCUGGGAAAGUACUCUUCAAAAAUGCCGCAUACUAAGUAUUGAAGAACCAAAAGAUGAACGCGUACGUAAGAUUCCUCGGAGAAUUGACGACAAUCCCGAAACCGCCGUCCACCUGUCGCCAAAAGACAAGUUUAGAGUUUCUUUCUAUUAUAAUGUAAGUCACUCGAUUACCGGAUUACGCAUAUGUAUAAUUAUAGGGUUGCCCGCCUAAAUAUAGACUGUCUCUAAUACAAAAUAAAAAGUAAAAGUAGGUGUGCAUUUAAUACUAUCAAACUCAUUAAUAAUUCAUGAGGAAAAUUGAAAAGAAAUACAUGUUUAAUCAGUGUCUGUAUACGCUGAUAAAGAACCGUCCUGAUUUGCAUAAACUUUUCUCGCAAUUUUCUAAGUUUAUAACAUUUAUUUUUUAAACAUAAUUUGAAAACAUGAUUGUCUGUUUGAGGUCGUUUGAUAAGUAAUUUACAAAAUUCAUGUCCGUUCUGUAUCAGUGUACACAGAUACUCGUGCGAAGCACUCGUGUCUGUAUACACUGAUACGGAACGGCCACUUAUUUUGUAAAUAGUACUAAAAGUAGGUGUAUUAAAGAAUGUUUAGAAUUAUUUUCUAUAUUGUAGAUACUAGAUCUUAUGAGCUCCUCAAUUGAAAGCCGUUUCGACAAACAUAAUGCGCCAGUUCUAAAGGGACUUGGAUACUUGGGUCCAUCUCGUUUAGCCAGUCCAGAAGCUUGGGAAAACAUAUCUUUAGCAGUCCAGUGGUUCCAAAGUGACCUAGAUGUUGAUGCAUUAGAGAGAGAAAGCGAAUCUUUGCUUUGCAGACAUCAUUGCUGCUCACCAAUGUCAAUAAAAAAGCGAAGUCCGAGAAGAGAAAGGCCAGUUUUGACGACCUAUUCAAGGUGUUGCAAACGGAACCAGAAUGCUACGGAAACGUCAUAAAGCUAAUGAAAAUAACUUUGACACUGCCACAUACCUCAACUAGUGCUGAAAGAGCAUUUUCGAAGUUGAAACUGAUCAAGUCUAGACUAAGGUCAACAAUGAAGCAAGAAAGGCUAGAAAGUCUUAUGCUGAUGUCUGUGAAAGCCGACAUAUUGGAACAGCUUGAUCUGGAAGAGCUUGUAGAAAAAUUUGUAGAUAUGGCUCCAAGAAAAAUGGAUUUAGUUUAA